UUGGGAGGGAAAAGUGACGUCAAGGAAAUCCUCACUGCUACUGAGACCUUAAUAUAAGCAUGAACUGCACUGAGAGCUCAAAUCACAUUACUGCGCAAAAUAUAGACGCACAGGAUUACCAGGACAAACAGCUCCAAUCCUCACUCAGGUGUGCUUAAUUGCAGAUAAAGAAGCCAAGAGCAAUUAGAUCUUGUUGAGCAGGUUUCUGUUGGAUGGGACUGGAUCUAUUAUUGGAGCACAAUUUGGAGCGUCCGAUUCAGUUCUUUGUGCAGUCACAUUCGAAGAGACACCCGUCGUUUAACCGAGUGUUUGUCGUCGAACUGCACAAAUGACCCUGCUGGCGAGCGUGCGACGCCACAGUAUCCGCGUUCAGCAUCACCUGCACCGGUGGAGCAUCUGCGGGACGGACGGAGGGCAGCUGCUGAGCGAUGGUUUCGCGCGUCCCGACAUCGGCAUGUCCAGGUCCAGCUCCUGCUCGUCCACCUCUUCAGACUCCGCUCUCUCCAGCGAGUCUGUGACCCCAGCUUCCGUUGGACCCUUCACUGUAGUCCUGCUCGGGGACAACGGCGUCGGGAAGUCCGCGCUCGCGAGUAUAUUCGCUGGAGCAUCGGACAGCAUGGGCAGCGAAUGCGAGUUGUACGGAGGUGAAGUAUUUGAGCAGACAAUAACAGUAGACGGUGAGAGGGCCACGGUUACCCUACUCGACACUUGGGAUUCACAGGGUGAGGGCAGCUGGACACAGGAGAGAUGUUUGCAAACAGGAGAUGCUUUCAUUAUAGUUUAUGCCAUAACAGAUCGUUCAAGCUUCCUUCACGCAUCAGAUCUUCGUAUUCAGCUUCGACGCCAGCGCGAGGCUGACCGAACUCCCAUCAUCCUCGUCGGCAAUAAAUGUGACCUGGUUCGCUGCAGGGAAGUGUCCAUUAGUGAGGGUCGCUCGUCUGCUGCUGUCUUUGACUGCAAGUUCAUUGAAACGUCAGCAGCAAUGCAACACAAUGUCUGGCCGCUGUUUGAGGGCAUCAUCCGCCAGCUCCGUCUGCGAAGAGACAGCACAGAGAACCUCACCAGACGUGGUUCUCUUCAAAAGCGACGGGAGAGUCUCCCAAAGAAAGCAAAGCGUUUCAUUAGCAGAAUGGUUGCUAAGAAGAACAAGCAAGCAGCCUUCAAACUCAAGUCCAAAUCAUGUCAUGACCUGAUGAGUCUGUAGUGCACAGACUUUGAAUUGGUCUGAAAUUCUGAAUUGUGUUUGUGUGAAGUUUGGAUGCAAACAUUUUGGAAAGUAUCUGUUCAAGUGUUUGUUUUUUCCCAUUUAGUGAUUUUUAAAAAAGCCGUGGAUGUCUAUAUUAGACUGUGCUGUAGAAGGGCAUCGAUUACAGGCUUCUCGCUCCCUCUGUGAAGGACAGAACGCUCUAGUCUUACCCACCGUCCUUUUCAAAUGCCAACAUUUCAAAAGCCAUGAAAUACUAAAAUGUUUUUGUGGGAACCCCAACACGCUAAAUGUGGUCCUUUUACUUUUUUAUGAUUUUUAUGCUUUUGAAUUGUGAAAUUUCUUUGUCGUACCCUGUGUGUGAAACGUUUUGUCCAGCUUUUGCUCAGUUUGAGCAUAUAGCAUUCAAAAGAAAUAAAAUAUUUUU